AUGGAAUAUACGGCAGCAAAUGGAAGCAAUGCAACAACCAUAUUUCUUUACCAAUAUUCCUUGCAAAACAAUACUCAGUUGAACUUGAGGAAUUUGACAACUCUGGCUGAUCUUCUAGCUAAUUGUGGUGAAAUUGGACUGACCCGUUUGCUGGCACCUAUCCAGACAGUUGUGCUUAUACUUGCCCUCCCAGCAAACGCAUUACUGCUGUGGCUGUUGGUAAAGAACAGAAAGGCUCUGUCACCCUCUGAGGUUUUAGGUCUCAACUUUGCCCUACUCGGUGUGCUAUAUUGCCUCAGUCUGCCACUGGGGAUCGGUAUUACAACUGCUAAUACCCGCUCUGGUCUUCUCUUAAGCAUUUCAAAUGCCUUCGCCAACCUCAGUUACUUUGGCUGCCCACUCCUGCUGACCAGUAUGUGCUUGGAACGUUAUGUGGCUGUGGCACACCCUGUGCUCUUCAUAAAGCUGGGGAAGUGGGAGUAUCGUGCUGCAUGUUCUGCCAUCAUCUGGUUUCUCACGUGUAUUAUGUCAGGAGUCAUCUUUGUCUACACCCUCUCAAAUAUGGCUCUGGUCAUAUCCAUUAUUAUUAAUGUCAUGUUUUUUAUCAUGGUGAGUUGCCUGUUCGGGAUUGUGUGUGUUUUGUGUAAAAAGGGGCCAGGUGAAGGGGACCAAAAUAAUUCAGUUGUAAAAAAGCGAGCUCUGAAGUAUGUUGUAGCAAUAUUGGUGCCCUCAACUAUAAUCUAUUUGCCAAUGCUGGCUCUGGCUCCAUUUAUUCUGAUAAUAAAAAUACUUGCUGAUAAAAGCACAAAUUACCUUCUGUGUAUUUUCAUGGUGAUGUUCUGUGUUCUUCCCAAUUUUGGAGUCUGCAUUGGGCCCUUAUUCUACAUGGCCCGGCUGAGGCAAGUAUUCUGUCACAGAAAUAGUAAAUCAGGAGACACAAGAGAGACAACUACAGGCCAGAGAACCUAA